UUUAUGUCUUUUGGCUUGCCGCGGAUCGAAGGAGCCGAAAAGCAGCACCCUGAAUUUCUCGUCGUUCAAAUCAAGCUUCACUUCCAAUGUUAAUUUCCUGAAGAGAAGAUUCAGCUCGGGAGACUUGUCUUCCGAGGUAGACGAUGUCGAUCCGAAUAGCCUGCCGCCGGCGGCUCGUCCCAUCCAGGACCAGCCGACGAAGCCGCCGGUUGCUGGCGGACCGCCGAACAUGCCGCCACCGCCGGCUCCCGGCCAACCGGCCGGAGCUGCUCCGGAGCUGUCGUUGAGCUUUGGCGCCGGCAAAGCGCCAGCGACGGCUGCUCCUGCUCCACCACGUGGUGUCAGUGCGCCGACCAGUCCGGCUAAGUCGCGCGAAAGCCUGCUGCAGCGGGUGCAGAGCUUGACCGGCGCUGCCCGUGAUCAGGGAGCCUCCAUAUUGGGAGCUGCGGUCCAGAGCGCCACACAACGGGCUCCGGCUUUCAACAAGGACAAGUACUUCACGCUGCUGGUUUUAGAUGACCAGAACACGGACUGGUCCAAAUAUUUCCGAGGCAGGCGAUUGCAUGGAGACUUCGACAUCCGAGUGGAGCAGGCCGAGUUUAGGGACAUUACGGUGGUCUCAAGCGCGGACACCGGACCCGUUGUUACCAUGGCCGCCUAUCGCAGCGGCACUCGGGUGGCACGUUCCUUCCGACCGGAUUUUGUGCUGAUUCGCCAGCCGCCACGCGAUGGAUCCAGCGAUUUUCGGUCCACGAUCUUGGGUUUGAAAUACGGCGGAGUGCCCAGCAUCAAUUCGCUGCACUCAAUCUACCAGUUUCAGGACAAACCGUGGGUCUUCUCCCAUUUGCUGCAAUUGCAACGACGCCUCGGGCGCGACGGCUUUCCAUUGAUCGAACAGACCUUCUUCCCCAAUCCACGCGAUUUGUUCCAAUUCACCAAGUUCCCCAGCGUGCUGAAGGCUGGACAUUGCCACGGCGGCGUGGCCACCGCUCGGCUGGAGAACCAGAGCGCCCUGCAAGAUGCCGCCGGUUUGGUAAGCGGUGCCGGGAACGAUUCGCAUUGUUAUUGUACCAUCGAGCCCUAUAUCGAUGCCAAGUUCAGCGUGCACAUCCAGAAGAUUGGCAACAACUACAAGGCGUUUAUGCGCAAAUCCAUCACCGGCAAUUGGAAGACCAAUCAGGGCUCCGCCAUGCUGGAGCAAAUCACUUUAACCGAGAAGUACAAAAGCUGGGUGGAUGAGAUAUCGGAACUCUUUGGCGGCAUGGAAGUGUGCGGUCUCUCCGUGGUGGUAGCCAAAGAUGGACGCGAGUACAUUAUUAGCGCCUGCGACAGCACAUUCGCCCUGAUCGGAGACACCCAAGAAGAGGAUCGCAGGCAAAUCGCUGAUUUGGUAUCGGGACGUAUGCAGAAUGUCUGCCGCCCUAGCAUGGCGCAGACUGGACCUGGCAAGUUGCCAUCCCGUUCAUCGGUAUCCUCGCGGGCAGAGAGUCCCACGGAUGAGGGAAUGGCCCCCACACCGCCACUCCCAGCUGGACCAAGGCCGGCACCAAUGGGCGGACCACCACCCAUUCCGGAACGUACAUCACCAGCUGUGGGUUCUAUUGGGCGGUUAAGCAGUCGCAGCAGCAUUUCGGAGGUGCCAGAGGAGCCCUCUUCUUCGGGUCCCAGUACAGUGGGUGGGGUGCGUCGUGAUUCGCAGACGUCACAGUCAUCGACCAUUUCCUCGUCGGUGUCGCGAGUUGGCCAAAGGCCGCCGCAAACCCAGAGCUCCGUUGUGGAGGACGCCGAGGACACCAUGAAGAACCUGAGGAAGACCUUUGCGGGAAUAUUUGGUGACAUGUAGGAAAUCGCUAACAAGAAGCGCGGCAGAACGGCCAGCGAGACGAGCAGCGGCAGCGGGCCAGGCAGUGUGCCUAGCAGCGCGGGACCGGGAAGUGGAUUCAGUGGCUCCUUCCUCGGCAAGCAGUUCUCGUUCGCCAGCAAGGGGGAGGGCGUGAUCUCAACACAGCCCACACAGCGGCCCAGCGAAGAGCCCCCAGCAAUCCCGGCGACGGCCAGCUCAGCCGUCCGGCCGGAGAGCAGCGUUUCAGUUAGCGGUACAACAAAUACGGAUACGGAAAGAGCAGGUGCCGGCUAUCAGCCAGUCACCAAUUACGAGCAACAGGAAAGGGUCAAUCCCUUCGACAAGGAGCCCAACAAGUCGGGCAGUGCGGCGAGCAUACACACCUCCUCGUCCUCAUCAAUGUCAUCGUCAUCCAUCUCGUCACGCAUCAAUCGCAAUGGCAAUGCCAUCAAAUCUCCACCACCACCGGCAGGACCACCACCACCACCGCCCACAAAUGUCACAGCGGUAGGCAGUAACGCCAAUAGCUCCAGUGGCUACAGGAACAGUUUCAGCAGUUCCCUGAGCAAGGACAAGUCUAGCUAUGGCAAUUAUGGAAGCACUACUUCGGUGGAGACUAUCACACGAAUGGAUACGAAUACCACAAAUACAGGGGCCACGGCUACGGAAGCUGGUGAGGCUAGUGGCAUUACGGCCAUAACCAAUAUCAGUAAUAGUGCUGGAAUAGUGGCCCCUGCCACAGGAACCAUUACCACCUCGGUGACCACCAAUGACUGGAGAUCGGCCAUUGGAAUGCGAUCGGCUAGUGUUUAUAGUGCACCCGCCGCAGUGACCACUGUUCUGCCAGGAGACACAUCCGGCUAUGAUUCCAACUCGAUUGCCUCGCAGGGCGAGGGCUUCAACAAUCCCAGUGAUCUGCCCUCGUACACCAGACCAUCGUACUCGCGAUCCGAGAGCAAUGCCUCCAAGCACUCGGAUCUGGAUGUAAUUUUCGGAGACAGCAAGACCACCCCGGUAUCCUAUGGUAAUGGCAAAUACACUCGGGCUGCAGGAUCCCUCUCGGAUGCUGAUAUGAUCUUUGGAGGGCCACCAUCCAACUACAAAAGCGAUCGCUUCGGUGCCGCCAAAAGCAUGAGCAUGAGUUCCAGUGGAGUUGGUUCCGGAAAUGGAUCCGGAAGCUAUAAGAUCUACGAGGGCAUCCAGAAUGCCGCAUUCAGCGACUUUAGCGAUACGGGUAGUAUGAGCAGCAUUGGAUCGCAUACCAAACGCUGGAGUGCCAGUAAGGAGGAGGAUGAGGAACUGGACUUGAAGUGAAUCCAAAAGAAAUUCCAAAAGUAGUUCUAUCACCUACAAACAUUCACACACACACACUAAGACAAGCAAACUAUGGAAUCUAUCUAUUUUCUGCCUCUGAAGUUUCCUGGUUUCAUGGGAAAAAAAGACAAACACUAAGCAUAUACUCACUUAAAUCAUAAACUCUUGGUUACUAUCGUUUCAACUGUCAACUAUCUUGAUCGAAACACUUUCCUUUCAUUUGCCAUCAAACAAAAAGAAAAAGCAUAGGAAAAUGGCGAACAGCAGAAAAUGCUAUGUAGACACUGUAGUACACUACUAUUAUAUAAUUAUAACCACCAAUGCAACAACAAUAAUGCAAAAAAAAAAACCCCAUUAGAUAUGUGCAAUGAAAUGUCGCCGAUGACUUGACUGGUUUUGCAGCAUGAUAAAAACUGAAUGAAAUGAAAUGAAAAUGAGGAACCUAUUUAAUUAACAUACUUAACAAACAUUUUGAAAGAUUUUCCAAAGCAAGAAAUUAUAUAUAUUAAAUAUAUUAUUGAGAAAAAUAUUGAAUUAUAUACGAAACAUAUUAAACCAAUUGAGAGUUGAUGACAUAAAAAGUAUUCGCAAGCAUAUAUUACGUGUUAACCUGCUAAUGAAUCAAUGGGAAAAAACUUUUAAAUAAAUCGAAAAUAUUAAUGAAUUUGUUAUAUACCAACAUGAGACACAUAUGAAAUCCUAAAUGAAAAAAUGAAAAACUAUAAAAAAUAAAAGACAAUAUGCGGAAAAUGUAUAACAAACAACCAAAACGUUUAAUACAAAUAUAUACGCGAUCUAAUUAUAAUGGAUAAAAUCGGUUAACGAACUAUAUGUAUUCGGAAAAUUACUAUGAGCAAAUGUUAAAUACCAAACACAAAUGAAAAGAAAAACACGAGAACAGAAGCUACUCACACACAAAGUAAAUGUUUAUUACCACAAAUAUUAUGAUUAUUAUUAUUAUUAUUAUGUAUUAGCAGUUAAUGUUUACAAACAAGACAAGAUACGGAAUGAGAUUGAAAGUACCAAGCACGACAAGCAAUGUUAAUGUAGGCUGAACCAACCGGACAACAAUAACGAACCAAACAUAUUCGAAAAUCUAGCGAUCCCAUGCGAUCGCACAUAAAUUUACAUGGCUUAGUCGGUACACGAAGGUCGAGAGGAGAUUGAGGCAGAUGAAUGAUGAUACUGACGAAUAUUUAGAUAAUAUACACAACAAAAUAUUUAUAAAUGUUGCAAGCGACAACAACGAAGUCAUAUUAUGCAUUCGAUAUUUCUAUAUAUAUAUAAACAAUAGCUUCAAUCGGUUAGGACUAUGAUUUAGCAACAAAUGUUUGAUGAAUGUUUUUUGUUACGCACAUGUUUAAGCAUUAUUUAGAGCAAUAGACAAUUUUACAUAUGUUAUAUUUGAAAUAAUAGUUACGCGUUCAACUUGAAAUCAUUUCAAUUGGGUUGUAUACUUCUCUUCCCCUCUCUAUCUCCCUCUCUCCAUUUUAUCAACUAAUUGCAUUAGAGAAUUUUAAACAUUGUUAUAGGCAGAGGAAUAUAACAAAGGAACACACUUGAGAACUUGUUAGUUUACCAACUCUCUUCGAUUUUAGUAGAAUCUACAUUUGGAAAAGCUACAAAUAUUUUAAUCUAAACAAAUUUACAAGAAUAUUGAAUAACUAUUGUUUUUUGUUUAGGGCCAUGAAUGCCUGGUUACUUCAUUCUAUAUCAUCCUACCAUCUAUAUACAAAUAUAUAUAUAUAUAUAAAUAAAUCAAAUAUGUAUGUAAUUAUAAGUGAAUCUUUGGCUACAAGUACUUCUUUCGUAAUCGUAAACAUCAUCAUUUUAAUCGAACUGGCACAUAUUCAUGGAAUGUUUUAUAAACAUAUAUUUAUAACGACAAAAAUGUAGAACAGAAAGUACAUAAAUAAAUACAGGCAUCGCUCGAGGAAUUCGACAAACAUACAUAUAUAUCAUGGCACUAGAACCACAACCAACUCACUCACCCCAUAACAAUAUCAUACAUCAAAUGAUCAGAAAGUGCUGAAAUACAUAAAUUGAAAUGGAAAUUGAAAUUGAAAUUCAAACGAAAUACUCAAGCAUAAGGCAUAUAACUUACACGACUUCUAAUCUGUUGCAAAAUAUACCAAAUAAAUACUCGUAUUAUUGUGAAAGUAUAGCAAGAAAUAUGUA